UACCAGAAGUACUAAUUAGAUGAUGGUACGUGGUCAGGUUUGGCGACAGGAAGCGGCGAUUGUUUACUAGACUGUAAAAAAUAUGUAAGCGUUAUUGUAGUUCUCCUUUGCGUUUCUCGGUAGUCAGUGUGUGAAGUAGCGCAAAGACGAAAUGAACUCAAGUGAUCCAGCUUUAUUCAUUAAACCUAUAGAAACAUUAACACCGGCUAAUGCUUCAAUUUAUUUUUUCGCCUCAAUAAGACACUGAAACCAUGGUUCCCAAUUGGAAAUUACAUGGUCAUACUGUUAGCCAAUUCCGACUUCGGGAAAUUUUGCAGGAAGAGCACCUGACGCUUUAAAUCCAGACCCGUUAAUAAUACUUUAACGUGAAUCCCGAUUUUUUGCCCGUAUCUUCAUUUGUUGCGUGUAGAUAAUACGUAAGAGUUCGGUUUUUCCUGGUGGCAUUCAAAUGAUGGUUACGACUUCCCGCGCCAAACUGAAGGCUUUUUAUUAAGGAAAACGAUGAGCUCCAUGGCGUAUGAUUAUUUUCUCCUACGUAGACGAUUUCAGCAAUAGAAUACGGCGUAGCCAUACCUACAGUAGUCAGUCUAAUGGUUGAGGUCAAAUUCUGACGUUAAAUGUAGUUAGUGUAGCAUCCGUUCAUCACCGAAUUCCGUAACUCUUAGACCACUGCAUGCUUUUAUUGACUUCGUGGGUUACGUCGGGGCGGAUAACUUUGAUUUUAUUGUGUCAAAUGGCGCUCAUUUGACUAGAAGUCUACCUUCUAAAUGUCCGAUUCGCAACUGAAACAAUGUGACAUCUACUGUACAACGAUACAACUUUGACUACUUGUAAGUGAAAUGUUUAAUUUUUUUUUUGAAUAGAUAACAAAACACUUGAGAAGUCAUACUCUUUGAAAUGUAUGUUAUUGUAUCAAUACUUGCGACUCUAAACCUCAGACUUAGAUGAACUAGCAUGAAACGCCGAGCUUAUAGUCCCGUAAUGUCCGUGGCAGCGAAAAGUAAAUUCUAUUCUAUGUGAUCCGAGUAUAAGAUUUAACCUGACUUAUUUUCACCGAGGCCACCGAAUUAUCAGCUCUUCUCUCAUAAUCUACUCCGUCAAUAAGGAGUAGCAGAUGCCUACUGGAUCAGAUGACCGAAAUCACCCGUCAAGUUCUUUGCUUCACCAAACGUGCUUACGUCCUACAUGGAGGAUGUCCCUCCGCGUCUCGUGUGAACCAGUCAAUAAAUCAGCGUUACAUGUGCAGACAAUCUUUGUCUCAUCUCUGCAUCUCAAUCUUUAUCUCAAAUAAACUAGCAACGUGUUAGCACAAUUUUCCUCAACAUCCUGAUUACAGCGUAUCGGAAAGAGCCUUACUAAUUUUGUCUAAGUAUACUAAAUAUUACUAUGGCCAAUAAUGACCCGGAUAAGGUAGUUAGCGGCUUCCUGCCUGGUUGCUCUAGCUACUUUGUGACCUCCUGGACACGAAUUACGCACUUGAGCGUGCCUGUGGAAAUUUUGGCCCACUCUUCUUUCCAGACUGCAAUUGUCACUGCUCUUUUUUUUGCUUUUCCUCUGGUUCUGCAAGACUGUGUACCCAAAGUUCCAAUUCUUGUUUCGCCCUAAGGUUCUCAGGUGGCGCCCGAGGCAGGACCAGAACCGCUGACUACAGAUUGUCCGGUGGACAUGGAGGGCACAGGGCCAGGAAGCAUUGGGGGUGUGAUUGUUGGAGAGCAGGACGCAGGUUUAGCAGCAGCGGGUCGUCCCGUUCGGAGGCCGCCAGUAUUUCCCGCAGCAGGAAAUGCCGGCCAGGUGUUCAGAGGACUGGAAGUAGGCACGGAAUGGAAGGCUCGAAUUCGGGCUUUUGUCGACGUCGCCAUUCGAGUUCCACCUCUCUUCGUAAUGGACUCUUUACUGGCACGAUGGAAUGGUGUUCCGUCCGAUUCAGCUGCAAAAGGCUCAAACUCAUCCGAUUCAGCGGGAGCCGAGGUAGAACAGGCCACUCUCGAGGCCGGCAUUAACGCUAUGUUGUGGUUUCUCGUUUACGCCACCCUGUUUUUUUUUUCAUCCGUUGUAUUCCUGUUGGAGUCACGUCAGCUACUGCGAGUCUACUUGUUCCUGGCUUCGUCAGGCGUUCUUCUCUGGUCAUACGUGUGCAAUCAUGAGUUUGUCAAAAGUGCCAUUGCUCUUACCGACCAACAUUCGAACGUGUUGUACGAGUGCCUCACGCUCAAUUCCAGCGUUCUUACUAAGACACUGGCCAACUAUGUACUGCAGGUGCUUUUGGGGAUCAUUUUCUCAUUUUCGGCGCAGGGCGGACACAAUACAUUAGGCAGCGGAUAUUCCACAUCACGCUUAUUCUGUCUGUGGAUAAUCUUUAUUGGACCUACAUUUUUCUCAUUAUUUUCACCUUUUCUAUCCAAUUCGUUCCUGGCUUGGACACCAGCUAUCUCAUUUCUUGCCGCCCACAUCGUUCUGUUGUACGGUCUACGCGUUUUCCUACAGCCCGCGAUGCAGUAUUUACACGAAACGGCGUUCUGGACCAAACAGGUGAUCGCCGGCGAAGGAAUCUUCUUCCUGCUCAAAGCGCAGUGGCGUCGAUUACAGGUUCCUCGAGUUCUCCGAUUGUUUUGGCUGAGUCGAAUGGCAGAACAUGCUUCUGUGUUGCUGGCUGAACGGCACGCUGACGGACAGCUCGGCAGCUGGCUCGCUUUGGGCGCCCAACUGCCCCAAGUAGCAACUCAGCUUCUUGUUCGUGGCUGUGAAACAACACUGUCGGUUAUGGGUAUGACAAGCUUGGUUAGUGUCGCCAGCCACUACAUCUCGUUGGCGGUAAAGCUCUUUUUGCAGAUGGACGAUGCCGACGAAAGGCACAUGGGAAUGGUAUCAGCGAUUUUGUUUUUUGUGUUAGCCAUGCAGUCAGGGCUAACUGGCAUGGAGCCGGAGAAACGGCUGAACCGACUGUAUCAGAACGGAUGCCUUUUGAUGACAGCCACCCUGCACUUCUUCCACUCAAUGAUUAAUUCGCUUUUGCAGAUGCUUGGCGCUUCACUGAAUUUACCGAGAGAGAGGCACGUACGAGCAUUACUGGUGAGCGCGUUUCUUAUCGUAUUCCCUAUUUUCUUUAUGUACGUGGCCUGGACGCGUCACCCACUCAGUACAUGGCUCCUAGCAUUGAGCUGCUUCAGUACGGAGGUCGUAUUCAAGGUUAUCGUAUCGUUGAUUGUCUACGUCCUGUUUCUAAUUGACGCUCGCCUCGACAGCUCAUGGGAACUGUUCGACGAUUACGUCUACACUGUUCGCGCGUUUGGAGCAUGUAUGGAACUAUUAUUCGGCACUUUCCUACUGCUAAACGGUGCGUGGAUUUUUUUUUUCGAGCAAGGCGGCACCAUUCGCGCCUUCACAAUACUUUUCCACGCGUACUUCAAUGUGUGGACACAGGCUAAGCAGGGCUGGGCCAACAGUGUACGACGCCGGGAAGCUGGUCGCCGGCUGGCAGAGCUCCGCCGCGCAACGCCGGAGCAGCUGGAGAAUCUGAACGAUGUCUGCGCUAUCUGCCAUCACGAGAUGGACUCAGCAGUUGUCACCGAGUGUGAACACUUCUACCACGUCAAUUGCUUGCGUCGUUGGCUUUUCAUGCAGAAUCACUGCCCAUUGUGCCAUACAGAUUUCGAUACGCGACGGCGUCGCGAGCAAAUAAGUCCGGUAAUAGGCCAUCAUGAUAGGCCAGAGGGAGCACCUCGCGCUCUAUUCGUACCUCCUGAACCAGAAGAGGAAAACCAUAUGCACAUGGACUGAGAAUAACAAGCCAUAAUAAGAAAAGACUUAGCAAAACAAAUAUACAAUGUAACCAGCCACACCGCCAAAGCUGACCCCACGUUAGUGUUUGAUGCGGUUACUAAUAAGCGAGACCUAGCAUAUGUGGGCGUGUGAUAUGCAUUUGCACUCGAAUGGUUUCAUGGCCAGUAUCUCUCAAGGCCAGAAAAAUAACCAACGUGAUACUUAGUCGGAAAACUGUUAUGAUAUUCAUAUCUAGUAAAAAAAGAAAACAAGCGGAAAGCCUGAUGAACACGGUAUGCGCGUUAAACAAUUUACGUACAUUGUAUAUCUUUGUUAAGUUUAUCUGAAUAUAAGAAUUAUCUCUUUGCGGACUUGCAGCCAUAAGGUUUUCCCCGAGAUUUUGCUUAAUUUCAAUUUUUCAAAGCCAGUCGCGAAUACUUGUAGCUGUGUAAAAACUUGAGAAUUAAAGUCGGUGGCUUAUAAGGAUCGAAACAGAUGACACAGUAGGUGCAAAAGUAGUGAGAAUAGGCUUCUUCUUAAGAUUCGAGAGGAGAAACCGGAAGACAGGCGUAGGCGCGGAAAAAGGUAAAUAAAGGUAGGCCUUCCGCAUAUAUCGAAUUUACGGGUGAGUGAAUGAGCAGUAUGUGGCGAUGGCUUGAUCUGCUUUCGUAAUCGUAGCACUGUGGCUGUGUAGUGGUAGUAGUACUAAAUGAAAAGAACUAGAAUGAUAAUAAUAAUCAUCAUCGAAAUAAAACGAUACGCAUCUUCGACGAUACAGGUGGAGGGAAAAAACAGACGGCCGCCGGCGAUUUCUCCGAGCAGUAAUUUUGUGCUGCUACCACUGCUGGUCAAAGGUGAAGCCAAAAGCUCAGGAGAGAAUGCUCAGGCGGCCAGAAGGCAGUGGGUCGUGGAAUCCGUGUGGCUAUCCGCUCAUGAAUAGCCUCUUAUCGGCGGGAGAACGAUAAUAUGUCUUUAAAUUUACGGGACGAUAGAACUUGCUGAGGUUUGUUACCGUUAUGGAAACUGUACUCUUGUAUUUACGGCCGAAAUAAGAAAAGCUUCGAAAAAAACACGCGGCGAUGUGGCGACUGGAGUCGAACACAGACAUCUAGCAAGAAUCGAUAGGAAUACUACCAAUGGAGUAUAGAAAAAGAUGGCAAUUAACGUCAUCGAAAUAACGGCUGCGAUAAGUCGUAAGAAAUUAUUGAAGAAGCUCGAAGCAAUGUUAGACAUGAUGACUAAAAAUGAAUAACAAAUCACAAUGUAAAAAUAUGCAUCUAACAUCUUAAAUGUUAUUUUGUUGACGCGAAAAAAAAAUGAGAAAGAGCGAGCACCGAGCAAUAUGCUAGGAUUAUGAGGGCGGAGAUCUUCACGAAAGGGUUCCUUCAGCUUUCGGCGUUAAGCUCAAACACUUCGAGAAAUGUAGGAGAAAUUAAAGUCAGCUUGUAGUGAUGCAAUAGUAUAUAUUAUAUACAGAGAUCCUCUUGACCGAAGCUAUUAUAUAGAGCUUUGUACGAAUGCGAGUGUGCAGAAAACAACGUCCUGUCUGUCUGCCGUCGUCGUGUGCAGCCCGUGCUAUUGCGAUGUCUUUUUCUGUAAUAAUAAUAAAAGAUACAAAAAUCUUAGUCCAUGCUUACCUCACUUGUUCGUUAUCGACGGCACAAACACAGAUGUAACAUUCGACCGAGUGACAGCUGAAAAUUCUCGUACGCUAAGUUAUGACAGCUCUGCUUGGCGGUCGGAAGGGGGCUAGGUCAGCACAACACUGGAGAAAGUGCAACUUCCAUAGAGGAUUACGUGAGAAUAAAGACGACAGAAGCGCGAGAAGAUGAAAAGGAUCCUUGAGACUUCUUCCCCUUCAGUUGUCUAACCCUUGUAUCAUACCCUGUGUGUAUAUAUAUAUACAUAUAUAUAUAUACAUAUAU